UAAGCAGCUAUUGGCGUAGCUUUGAGAAGGAAGUGUGUCAUGGAGAGACAGCCUCCAGCUCAGUUUGUAUGAGCUGGGCUUGUGCGCAGAAAUGGACAUGUUCGCUGCUGAGUAGUCUGGGAAAUCGCUGAAUUCUCUAUUGAGUCUCAGUUACGGUCAGGGUAUUAAUGUGUCCUUGUGUACCGGUUUGAAAGACCGUAACCAGAUAGUAAAUCUGCUGUGGUUAUUGUGGAGAUAUGACAGCCAGGAUGGGAUCCCAAGUAAUGAACAUUAACCUGUGCAGAACAAGAUUUCCUGAUUUACCAAACUGCUUUCCACCCGCAUGGUUUAAGAUAUCAUAUCUCAGACUCUGUGCUUUUAGUCGCAAUCAUGCAACUGAAGCAAUCCAAAAGCCAGAAAAUGCAGCUUUGUUGAGCAAUUUGUCUGUUUUGGGUGUGGAUAUUAAAAUGGCCCAGAAGAGGCAGCCUGGAGUCUUCAGAAAAGUGGCCACUAAUGAAGAGGGUGUAGCUGAGUUCUUGAAAAGCAAGGGUGCCAAUCGCAAGACCAUUGCCAGUAUUAUCUCAAGGUACCCCCGAGCCAUCACACGUUCCUAUCACCACCUUGAAGAAAGAUGGCAAUUAUGGCGAAGCAUUUUCAAGACAGAUUCUGAGGUCAUAAGUGUUAUUGGGCGUUCUCCGGAAUCAUAUUUUCGUUCAAGUGACAAUGGAAAUUUUGAAAAAAAUAUUAACUUUUUUUGUUCUCUUGGCUUGACCUCAAAGGACUUGCAUCGCAUUUUAACAACUGCUCCACGAGCAUUCUCAAAUAGUUUGGAACUAAACAAACAGAUGGUAAAACUUCUACAAGAUCUUGGUGUUAGUUUAGGCGAUGAGAAUCCAGAUGCUUUUGCUAAACGGAUUAUGACUAAAAAUGCUUACAUACUUAUAAGAAGCACUAAACGGAUAAAAACCAAUGUAGACUUUUUCACAGAAGCACUUAAACCAAGUAACAGUGAACUUAUAAAACUUCUUCAGGGGCAAGGUGCUGAAGUUUUGGACCUCUCCACUGACUACAUGAAAAGAAAUUUCAAAAAUAUAAGUGAUCAGUUAUAUUCAUUAGGAUGCACCACUGAGGAGGUGCAGAAAUUCUUUUUGGAUUAUCCACCUGCCUUUUAUGCUUCGUUUGAAAAACUUUCCAAUAAAAUCGACUGUCUGUUAGAAAGUCAAAUUAGUAUUAAACAACUAUUAAAGAAGCCAAGAAUAUUGGAAUUCAGUGCAAUGAAUUUGAAAAAUCGUAUAAAAGAGCUAGAAAGGGUUGGAUAUGACUUUACAAAACAUGGUGUUACUAUUUUAGAUUCUAGUAGGAGACGAUUUGAAGCAAAAUUAGGAAAAUUAAUUGAAGAAUACUAGCCAUGUUGCCUCCUUGAUAUGAUGAAUCUUGUAUCAUUCUAUAUACUCUGAAUGGUGCUGUUAUUUUUAACCUGACUUUUGACUCUUUGAAUUUUACAUUGUAUACAAAAGUGAACGAGUGCUUAUCAAAUUAUGCAGUGUUGUGAGCAGUUUUUAAAAAAAAAAUUGACUGUUACUCUAGGCGUUGUUGUACUUAAAUUAACUUUGUGGCAUCUAUGUAUUGUCAAAUUAACAAUAAUAACCAUAUUUCAUAAAUUAAAGAAGUUUAAAGUCAAUUU